CCGAGCUCUCACCUUUGACACUUGACACAAGCCCGGGAAACGAGCGAAACAAUCGGAGAACACCCACCUCGAUGAGUGAUCAGCCAGCGGAUGGCGUCGGCCGCCUCCGUCUCCAGGCGCGUCUGUGGAUCUACGGCACCGCCCUGGCGUUCAUUCUCCUGGCCAUCCUGCUGCUCAUGGUGCCGGGCCUGCUGCGUGGCUAUCCCCUGGUUCCGAACGAUGAGGCCACCUAUAGCUUCUUCGGCGUCGGACUGUUCACCCUGUGCGUCUACGUCAACGUGAUGUGGCUGCGCCGGAAGUUCCCCCUCAACUGGAUCAUCAGCUGCUCCAUUGCAGCCUGCCUGGCCCUGGGGACGGUCUCGGUUCUCUCGGAUCAGUUGACUGUGCACGUUCUGCUGCUGAGCGUGGAGAUCCUGGUCGUGAUGUCGCUGCUGCUCCUGGUCGGCUCAUUGAGGCUGCCCAACUGCCCCACAAUUGUGUAUCUAUUUUUCAUCUGGGGCAUAUUCGCCACGUUCUCCAGCAUCCUGAUGACCGUAGUGACUUUCCAAAUGCGGGAUGGCCUACUCGUCUACGAAGUAGCCAUUCACUUUGUGCUCUGGCAAAUCGUGUGUCCGCUGAUUGUGUUCCAGGCGCAGGUGAUCUCCGGACAUUGGGAGAACCUACCCCCCAUCCUGGACAAGCCACUCUGCUCCACAAUGCUGCUGUUCACCUUCCUCGCCUGCUACGCCUUCCUGGACUCCGCCGAUGACAUUGGAUUCGAGGUCUUCUACGUCGGCCAAAGCUCAAACCAAGAGUUUUUGGCCAGAGCCAUUAAGAGCGAGUUUGAAAUGCUGAUGGACUCAAAAUAGGGAUUUUCAAAUCGGAGAGCUCUGCAAAGGCCUGCCUUAUAUCAGUGUGUAAAAUGUAUAAAUAGUAAAAGGUUUGGAACAUUUUUGGAAUA